UUCUACUGUAAUCAUAUAAUCAUUUCCGGCGCAUAUCUGAUAUCCCCCCAAAACACCUCUUCUGAAAAUGUCGUCUGGUUCCUCUCAAAAGAACCUUCCACUGCGGGAAAUCCCCGGCGGCUAUGGGUUACCAUUCUUCGGGCCGAUUAAGGAUCGCUACGAUUUCUUCUACAACCUAGGAAUUGACGAGUAUUUCAGAACCCGAAUGGAGAAGUAUAAAUCCACUGUUUUCCGAUGCAACAUGCCACCUGGUCCGUUCAUGGCCAAAGACUCCAAGGUUAUUGCCCUAGUUGACGCUGUCAGCUUCCCCAUCCUUUUCGACGUUUCCAAGGUGGAGAAGCGAGACAUCUUCCAAGGCACCUACAUGGCGUCCACCAAAUUCACCGGCGGCUACCGCGUCUGCUCCUUCCUCGACCCCUCCGAGCCCAAACACGCCAUUCUUAAGGGCCUGUUCAUCAGCACCAUGGCCAAAUUGCACAACAGGUUCCUCCCCUUGUUUUCUAGUAUCGCGGACGACAUGUUCGCGCAAAUCGAGGACGAGAUGAGUAAGAAAGGGGAGUCUAAUUACAACGACAUUAACGAUGUCAAGGCUUUCGAGUUCUUGUUUAGGUUAUAUUGUAACGAUGUGAAACCGUCUGACACAAAACUUGGGACGGGGGCCGCUAAGUCCGUCACGACUUGGCUGCUCCCGCAGAUCGCACCGGUCACCUCGUUCGGGUUCAGUUGGCUGCCCAAUUUCGUCGAGGACUUAUUAAUGCACACUUUUCCCAUCCCAUUUUUCCUAGUCAAAUGCAAGUACAACAAGAUGUACGAUGCUUUCUACCACAACCUCGGACCCCUCCUCGACGACGCCGAGAAGGCCGGCCUGAAAAGAGACGAAGCCUGCCACAACUUCGUCUUCUUCGUCUGCUUCAACUCCUACGCCGCCUUCAAGUUCUUCCUCCCCGAGCUCCUCAAGCACGUCGGCUCCGCCGGCGAGGCCCUCCACCGCCAGCUGGCGGCGGAGAUCCGCGGCGCGGUGGAGCUAGAAGGCGGGAAAAUCACCCUCAACGCGCUAAACAACAUGCCGUUAACCGAAUCCGCAAUCUGGGAAGCUCUCAGGAUCGAACCCCCUAUCCGUUACCAGUACGCUAAAGCCAAACAGGACAUCACAAUCCAGAGCCACGACGCCUCGUACCUUAUCAAGAAAGGAGAAACCAUAUUCGGAUUCCAACCCUUCGCCACCAAAGAUCCCAAGAUUUUCGAAAACCCGGAAACGUAUAUCCCGGAUAGAUUUGUCGGGGACGGAAAAAAGCUGAUCCAGUAUGUUUACUGGUCUAAUGCGAAAGGGACAGACAUUCCGGGGGCGAACGACAAACAGUGUCUGGGAAGGGAAAUGAUUAUUCUACUUUCACGGCUGUUCUUAGCGAAGCUUUUCCUCCGUUACGAUACAUUCACGGUUGAAGUUUCAAAGUACUUGUUCAGCUACACCGUUACAUUCAAGUCCCUAACCAAAGUUACUUCAUUUGCAUAAAAGGGAUUGAACUGUACGGGUCGUGUUGUGGAAUCAGAGAAAUGCUAUUCUCAACCAAUAAAAUAAAACUUUAGUUAUAUAUUAAUGGGAUCUAUCUUGGGUCAAGGAACGAGGUCAUGCGAAGGUCUUAAUCUACUCAGACUCUCACAUGGUCGCGUGAAUUUGCUCCAUGGCAAUCAACUGGAUCUCUCAUUUUCAGGUUGUGUUACGUUAUUAAUAAUUGUCGUCUGUUUCGUCGACACUUUGAAUAUUUGUAUGUUUCUAGAUUAGCGAAUAAGAUUGCCCAUAUGUUAGCUAGGGCGCGCUGUUCGUACUCCGUCUGGUCCGUUUAUUUGGCAUUCUAUAUAUGAUUCCUUAUUGUAUUGAAAUUUAAUUUAAUAAAGUUUUUUGGGUUGGUUUU